CUUUUGCUUUUUAAUAUUUUCGUAUCGUAUACCAAUUCACCGUCCAUUGUUGUCUUUGAUCGCGUCACAGUUUAUCGUACUGGUGCGAGCUCCGACCACCCUAGCCCACGGAUCAAAGGCGAGUGAAAGAGACGCGCGCACUUCGCCAUGGCUUCAGCAGCCGGAAAAACCAGCGGAGGCCUUUUCGAAGGGCUCUACAGGGUCAUCAUGCGCCGGAACUCAGUCUACGUCACCUUCGUCAUCGCCGGCGCCUUCCUCGGUGAGCGGGCCGUGGAUUAUGGAGUUCACAAAUUGUGGGAGUACAACAACGUUGGGAAACGGUAUGAAGACAUUCCAGUUUUGGGGCAAAGGCCAUCGGAAGAAUGAGUUAUAAACUCUCUCCUCUUUCACUCUUUCAUAGUCUUCGUACUUUUGGAAAGUUGGAGUAUUCAAUCGUGCAUUAGGUACAAAUUCUUGUUUCUGUAAUGAAAGUUUGAAUGGACCGAACGUAGUCAUCAAGCAUGUUCCAUUCGAUUGGGUGUUUCUAAGUGCUGAACAAGUUCUGUAUGGUCACAUUGACUCUAACAAUGGUUUUUGUUUGCUUGAGAUAUAUUUUUUCAGUUCUUUGGCGCC